AUGUCCCCAAGCACAAUCCCAACCCCACUGGACCCAAUCUCAGAAUGGCGCGCCUGGCAAACCUUCACAAUAAUCUACACAAUCCUCCUGAACCGCCAAAUCCGCCGCCGCUGGCUCCUCGAACAAAAGAGCAUGCAAGACAGACCUCUACGCGAACGCUUCCGACCAGUAAUCUUCCUCGAACCUGUCCCAACCCUGCAAAAGCCAAACACAAAUAAAGAAGCAACCAGCAACCCCUUCAACAAAUCCACGAUGGACAAACUACGCACCAAAGCGGCGCUCCUCCGGGCGCGCGUCGAAAAGGGAAAAGAACUCGCUUCCGAGAUAGAGCGCCGCAUGGUCCAGUAUCCGCCUAUUCGGUUUCCGACGCAUUUCUGUCAUACUUGUGUUUCCGACGGGGAGAGGGUUGAGGUACUCCUCACGACGUGUGGACAUCGUGUUUGUAGGACUUGUAUCCAGUAUGGAGUUGAUGAGGACGGGGUUUAUGAGUGUAGUAUUUGUUUUGUGCCGACGGGAUUUGUGGCGCGGAGUCCGCUGGUGUUGGUUAAGGAUUGUCCUGGGGAGGUUGCGCCGAUUUUGAGGAAGGGCGAGGUUGCGAUGUGA